GCUCUGACGAGGUGACAGUUUUGUUGAAUACUUAGCGAAGGAUAAAGUGUCAUACCGCGAAGAGCAAAACUUGAAAAAAAGAGAAAAAAAACAUCAGAGAAACAAAAACCCUCGACAUUCUUAAUGCGCCCACUUGGUAGCUCCCUUUCAAAACACCUCAGUCGACGUUGCGCGCAGCUCCUGUGAGGUGAAAGACGAGCGUCGCGAAGGCCGAAGAGGGCGUGACGCGCAGCCUGAGAAGGCUCGCAGGCAAGCGGGCAAACGAGGUGAAGACGAGCAGGCUAUGCGCCGGCCCAAGCCAGACGUCAAGAAGAAAAGCCACAAAAUUGUCAAAAGGUAGACCGGUGGGGGUCGUCGGCGAGACACUGAGAAAGUCCUCUUCGUUGAGGAUGUGAGCAAGGAAAGCAGUUUCACUCUGAAAGAAGAUGCUCUCCAGGGAGGUGUGCGGGCGAGAAGCUCGGCGGGAGACCCGCAGCGAGAAGCGCAAGACAGUCGGUGUCUGUUUGAGAGGACGCAAGAAGAAGAAGCAACAGCAGCAUCCUCAUCAUCACGCAAGACUCCAGAGGCCCACCAGCAGCACUAGUUUGCAGCCCCUCCGGCCCAUCAACGUCCAAGGCAAGCGAGCUCGGGGCAUGCGCGCCCCCAAGAACACCAACCAGUUCCUCAUGCACGAGAAGUAUCAGAUGAUGCACAUGCGUUCCGAUUCCGUGGGGAGCGACACCGGUGGGAGCUGCUCCGACAGCGAAUCUGAACUCACCGACAUGGACUCGUACCUGGGGGCCCUGGAAAACGCCAGGGGGGCGCUGCCAGAUGUUUCGGAACCUGAAGCGGCAACAGGGACGCGGCAGGACCAGGUGGUCCAGCACGAGGACAGCAUGCAGUACUUCCCAUCCGAGGACGACCUCCUGCAAAGCCACAACUUCAUGCAACGGGACUUUGCACAGUUCUGUGACUUUCUGACGUUGUAAAAGUGCCGGUUUGUGCUUUUGUCUUCAGGAGUUGUCAACAAAAAGGUGUUUUGUACGAUACUUUGGAUUUCCACUUGGAAAAACAAUAAGUAGAAUAAAUUAAAAUGUAAGAAAUUGACGUAUGGCUUAUCCGUCAUUAUUUGAUGGGGAAACUCACUUAUUCGAUGUUUUGGUGCAAUAAGAGUGUUGGUUUCGUGGCAUCUUGGUACUGAGCUGAGUUAAGUGGCUUUAUUUGUGCGGUUCUGUUCAUUUUAAGACACCGAACGGUGACUAUGGUAGGUUUAUGCUUGCUACUUUUUUUGUUGUACAGUACAGUGAAACCCUACAUGUGAUUUGGCAUUAUUUAGGGGGGGCCAUCUUGGUCUUUGUUGACAAACUUCAUUUACACAUAAGUAGAACUUUCCAUCAUUAACUGUCAACAUUUUGUGUCAGGUUCAUGCUGAUGUCAUAAAAAAAAUACCCUCACA